AUGCAUGGACGUCUGAUCUUCCUCGUGGCAUCCUUUACUCUCUCCUCUGUCGCUGCACCAGUUCCAUCUGUCGAUAGCAUUCGCAGCGACACGUUGUCGGCUAUUGGACUCCCACCUCGACAUGUCAUGCCGAGCCCUAACUUCAUCGAAGCUCUCCGCCGCCAAGUCACUCCAGAUAGCGGAUCCCCCGACCGUCGUCAAGUCACUCCAGACAGCGGAACCCCCGACCGCCGCCAAGUCACCCCAGACAGCGGAACCCCCGACCGUCGUCAAGUCACUCCGGAUAGCGGCUCUCCUGAUCGUCGUCAAGUCACUCCAGACAGCGGACCCCCCGACCGCCGCCAAGUCACCCCAGACAGCGGAUCCCCCGACCGUCGUCAAGUCACUCCGGAUAGCGGCUCUCCUGAUCGCCGCUGA